AUGGAAAGUGAUUUAAUUGCCCAGUUUUGUGCCAUCACAAAUUCUUCAGCAGAAAAGGCUCAGGAGUUUCUGAUGGUUGCAGACGGCGAUUUGUCGACGGCCGUUACACUGUUUUUUGAAAGCGGUGGAGUCACCGGCACAGAAGCUAGCGAUGUAUCGGCUGGUGCUUCCAGUUCUGCAGCUUCGACGAACGCUGACGCAGAUUAUGUUCGCGCGCCAAUUGCGCCUACUAGAGAGGUGCUGGUUGAUCCAGUGAGUGACUUCUCCAGUAACAUUUUAAAUGAAGCCAUGCUUGGAGCUAGAGGAAUUGCUUCGCCGCGCAUGAACCGCAGACAGCGGCGACGCGUAGGUAUAUUCGAUCAAUCUCCAUUCGCACGGCCUCCUUCGGACACGGGCACUGAUGAAACGGAUGACGAUUCGCCUACGACUUCCAGGGCCUCGCGCCUUGCAAAGCUUUUCCGUCCUCCGUACGACAUUAUAACGGCGCUGCCUUUGGAAUCCGCCAGAGCUCUUGCAGCUGACAAGCAAAAAUGGUUACUAGUAAACCUCCAGACUUCCUCCUCCUUUGAAUGCCAGGUCCUUAAUCGCGACCUGUGGAAGAACGAUUCUGUAAAGGCAGUUAUCCGGGCUCACUUCAUUUUCCUGCAGUAUUUGGACGAUGAGGAGCCUGGAUUGGAGUUUAAGCGUUAUUAUCCCGUUGAGUCGACCCCUCAUAUUGCGAUUUUGGAUCCCAGAACGGGCGAACGGCUAAAAGCCUGGAACAAAGGCUUCACGCCCGCGGAACUCGUUGUUGCUUUGAAUGACUUUCUUGAGCAAUGUUCGUUCGAUGAAAGCAACGGUCACAAGAAUCCCUUGGGCCCUAAAGCAAAGAAGCCUGUUGAAGCCAUGUCUGAGGAAGAACAAUUGCACAAGGCAAUCGCUGCUUCUUUGGGUGCCUCAGCCGGGUCUGAAGACGCUGUCAUGAAGGACAACAACGAGGAUGAGAUAGAGGGAGAUGAAGAGGAGGAGGAAGAUGUUGUCGAACAAGUCCCGAAUACAGUGAACAGCAUCAACGUUUCGGACUUGCCCACGGAUGAGCCUGCUGCUGGACCGGCCACGACUCGUAUCCAAGUUCGCAUGGCCAAUGGCUCGCGCUUCAUUCGCCGUUUCUUAAAAGCAGAUCCUGUGCGCUACGUUUAUGCGUUUGCUAAGCAGAUGGCACCUGGUUCCGAGGGAAAGCCGUUUACUUUAACCUUUCAGCGCAAAAACCUCUGGGAUUUGCGCGACAAAAACAUUGAGGAAGCCGGUAUCGGUAAUGCUGCCCUUCAGCUGGAGUUUGAGUAG